GCGCACAGCUCCAACCGGGAAGCAUGGCGGACCUAGCGACUCAACCCAGCAAGAGAAAGCGCGAACUGGACGCCGAGGAGGCGGAAGCUGCCAGCACAGAGGCAAAGGAAGCGGGCGUUGAGAAUGGUACCUCCGCUCCUGUGCGCUUACCGUUCUCCGGCUUUAGAGUGAAAAAAGUGCUGCGGGAGUCCGCGCGGGACAAAAUCAUUUUUCUCCAUGGGAAGGUAAAUGAGGCCUCUGGGGACGGGGAUGGAGAGGAUGCCAUUGUGAUCCUGGAGAAGACACCAUUUCAGGUGGAGCAUGUGGCCCAGCUCCUGAUGGGCAGCCCUGAGCUCCAGCUGCAGUUCUCCAAUGAUAUUUACAGCACCUAUCACCUGUUUCCUCCACGGCAGCUGAGUGACGUAAAGACAACCGUGGUUUACCCUGCCACAGAGAAGCACCUAGAAAAGUACCUGCACCAGGACCUCCACCUGGUCCGAGAGACGGGGGCCGAUUACAAGAACGUCACCUUGCCCCACCUGGAGUCCCAGAGCCUCAGCAUCCAGUGGGUGUACAACAUUCUCGAUAAGAAGGCUGAAGCUGACCGGAUUGUUUUUGAGAACCCAGAUCCCUCUGAUGGCUUUGUCCUCAUCCCCGAUCUCAAGUGGAACCAACAGCAGCUAGAUGACCUGUACCUGAUUGCCAUCUGCCAUCGCCGGGGCAUCAGAUCACUGCGGGACCUUACUCCAGAGCACCUGCCGCUGCUCAGGAACAUCCUCCGGGAGGGGCAGAGCUCCAGCUCUUUCUCCAGAGGUACCUGCUGGGAUGGAGGAGGCUGGCCAGAGCAGGGAGGAGAUUUCCAUUCAGACACCUUCCAGGUGGCCCGAGGCAGCCGGGAUGACAGCUCUCCCCAGGAACCCUGCUACCCGCUGAGAAACAUGAUCAGCAAAUCCCGCUUGAAGCUCCUGGCCAUGUUGACGCUGGUCCUGAUCGUCAUGGUGUGGUAUUCCAUCUCCCGAGAAGACAGGUACAUUGAGCUCUUUUAUUUUCCCAGCCCAGAGAAGAAGGAGCCGUGCUUCCAGGGUGAGGCAGAGAGGAAGGCCUCUAAGCUCUUUGGCAACUACUCCCGAGAUCAGCCCAUCUUCCUGCAGCUGAAGGAUUAUUUCUGGGUCAAGACGCCGUCUGCCUACGAGCUGCCCUACGGGACCAAGGGGAGCGAGGACCUGCUUCUCCGGGUUCUAGCUAUCACCAGCUACUCCAUUCCAGAGAGCAUCCAGAGUCUCAAAUGUCGCCGCUGCGUGGUGGUGGGGAAUGGGCACCGGCUUCGCAAUAGCUCGCUGGGAGACGCCAUCAACAAGUACGACGUGGUCAUCAGAUUGAACAACGCCCCAGUGGCUGGCUAUGAGGGCGACGUGGGCUCCAAGACCACCAUGCGUCUCUUCUACCCUGAGUCUGCCCACUUCAACCCCAAAGUGGAGAACAAUCCAGACACACUCCUUGUCCUGGUAGCUUUCAAGGCAAUGGACUUCCACUGGAUUGAGACCAUCCUGAGUGAUAAGAAGAGGGUGCGAAAGGGCUUCUGGAAGCAGCCUCCCCUCAUCUGGGACGUCAACCCCAGACAGGUGCGGAUUCUCAACCCCUUCUUCAUGGAGAUCGCAGCUGACAAACUGCUGAACCUGCCCAUGCAGCAGCCUCGCAAGAUUAAGCAGAAGCCCACCACAGGCCUGCUGGCCAUCACCCUGGCACUCCACCUCUGCGACCUGGUGCACAUCGCUGGCUUUGGCUACCCAGACGCCCACAACAGGAAGCAGACCAUUCACUACUACGAACAGAUCACGCUCAAAUCCAUGGCGGGGUCAGGCCACAACGUCUCCCAAGAGGCCCUGGCCAUCAAGCGGAUGCUGGAGAUUGGAGCAGUCAAGAACCUCACCUUCUUCUGACUUGGGCAGGAGUUCUACCCAACAGUCUGCCCGCUCUGCCACCUGAGCGGCCCCAUCCCUGGCUGUGGGGGUGCCUGGCACCAGCAGGACCUGCCUGGACUGACCAUCCCCUGUGUGGAGAGGGGUCCUGGUACUGGCCAGGUCUGAGAUGAGGCCGUGCCCCGGGCUGCUCUUGUGGAGGCCCGAUCCCGUCAGGGUGGAGGCCCUGGGGUGGUGGGAGGCCGUUCGAGGCAUGGGGUCUGUUGGCUGUGGCAUCCCUUCUCCACCAGCACCUGGAAGUUAUUUAAUGGGCUAUUUAAUUAAAAGGUAGGAAUGUGCCAUGGGCUGGUCCCAUGGUAUCUGGAAGAGAGGGCAUAGUACAGUGUUCUGCCCGCUUUUUAUAAAAAACACAAAAGUGCUGGGCCCACCAAAGCCUAGACCCAGAGCAGACCUCCCAGGAGGGCAGGGAUGUCUGGAGUGGGUGGGCGCCCUCCAGAGAGGGGCUGCUACCUCCCAGCAGGCAUGGGAAGAGCACUGGUAUGGGGGUUCCACGGAGAAUGGGACCUCGUCUAGAAAAGAGGUUUGAAACCUAUCAUUAAACUAUUUUUCCUAAAACGGAA